ACCUGUAAACAAUGUCCAACGAUAUAACAUUACAAAGUAAAUGCGACUCGUGCGGCGAGAUUGCCCACGAGCCCUUCAUAGAAUGUGUUGAAUGUGAUACUAAUUUGUGCACCGCAUGUUUCGCCUCCGGCCAGGAAGUGGGCUCUCACAAAAAUGACCACAAGUAUGCCGUGCGAAGGAACGACUUCCCUUUGUUCGACAACUGCAACUGGUCUGCUAAAGAAGAAUGUAAGCUACUCUCUGCACUGUCCACAUAUGGCUAUGGAAAUUGGGAAGAAAUAUCUAAGAGUGUACACACAAGAUCAAAACUGGAAUGUCAGGAACAUUACAAGAAGUAUUACAUAGAAAAUGUUCAGUAUAAGGAAUUGAAGCUUUUACCUGAGACUGAACAAUCUUUGUUUCCGAAACCUUUGAUACCUUAUUUAUACAGUACAGAGACAUGCACCAACCCACCAAGGAACAACAAUGCUGACCAGCAUUUGGCAGGUUACAAUGCCUACCGGUCAGAGUUUGAACUCAGCUAUGAUCACAAUGCAGAAAGUAUUUUUAAUAUAGAAGACAGUUACUCUGAUGAAGAUGAUGAGGAAGAAGAAGAAUGUAUGAACUCACUGAAGGUGUCUCUGGUCAGUUCCUUAAACACUAGACUAAAAGAGAGACGCAGGAGAUACAAGAUCAUUCAGAACCAUGGUCUAAUAAUGCCAAAUAAAUUGAUAUCAUGGUUACAGAAGUAUGACUCCACACUCACCAGGCAGAAAUGUGAGAGGUUACUAUCAUUUAUGCAGUUCAUGACAGGUAUGCAAUUUGACACAUUCAUGGAGUCCAUCAGUUUAGAACAUGAGCUAAUGCAGAGAUUAUCAAGACUGUCAGAGUACCGUCGGAACGGAAUCAAGACUCUGUAUGCUGCCAAGUUGUACAAGCAGUUGAAGAAAGAAAACGAUUUAGUUGUUAAGGAACAGAAACAUGCUACAAAUGUGAUGUCUAAGAAGUACGAUAGCCAGUCACCUGUGAAGAAUGCACUCUUGUUUGGGAAGAACAAUCAGUUACUUAAGUAUAAGAGGACGUCAAUGCCACUGGAGAUAGUUGACCUGCCAGGGUUCAACAGGCUCACAGAAGCAGAGAAGGUUCUAUGUUCUAACUUAAGACUGGUGCCAGAGAACUACUUAGAAAUUAAGCAGCAACUGAUCACUCAGAACAGUAAAAUGGGCUUCCUCCGUUUGCUAGAUGCAAGGAGGAUAGUGAAAAUAGAUGUGAACAAAACUAGGAAGAUCUAUGAUUACUUGUUGUAUGAAGGGUUUAUAUCUAAGCCACAGUAAUAAAUAAGCUAAAUUUUU